GCAGUAAGCGGAGCGGCGCUGACGUGAUUGGUCGCUGCGGUCGCGGCACUUCGCGUUCUGAAUUUAAAAUAGUCGUGAUCGCGUUUACUGUGAAAGACAAAGACCUGUGGCUUAUGUUAAGUUUGGUCAAUGCCGAAUGAAGCCGAACAAAAAAUUAUUAACACGAGAAAAUGACCAUGAUUGCGGUAGUGCACUAUGACUUAAUGACCUCAACCUAGAAACACUAGUCCGCUAACUCAAUCAUUGAAUUGCGUCCGUCAAACGGGAACAUGAAAUUACUUUUUAAUAUGACCCAUUCGAUGAUGCGAAUAAAUUGGGAAUAUUGUAAUCUAAGCACGAAAAUAUGAAAAUAAAACCGUAUCCUGGAAAAGUGGUCAUGGAGGACCCGUGGCUUUCGAUAAGUGACAGGACGAUGGACCUUGUGUACGCCGCCAACUGGGUCGGAGCAAGGAAUCUCAGCGAAUACAGGGAACAUAGUAAUUCACCACCAAAAUCUCAAUUUAAUUCUAUAACACGAAGCGAAUCAUGUAGAAACAUUGGCCGCAAUGCCGAACCAAAUGGUAAUAAAGAAUACUCAAGAGAAGAUAAUGGAUACUCUUAUUCCAACAAUGUUCCUAAUGAAAAUAUAUCUCAGUUAGCCAAGUAUCAACAAAACAUCGAGGAAAAAGCUAGAGCGAACAAUAAUCUCAUCAUGCAGAAUAAGUUAAAACAUAGUUAUAGUUUUAAAGAUAUGCCCAAUGGAUAUAGACCAUCAACAUUAAAAAGGGUGAAACGAAGAAAUUUUACGGAAUGGGAUAUUGAAUCGUUUCCAUCUAAUGGGAAAUCGCCGCCUGUUCCACCACAACGCAAAGAUUCCCUCAAAUAUGCACAUCGGCAAAGAAAGAUUGACAAGAAACAUCCACUACCAGAUCCAGGUCCUGUACCUCCAGAUCCGUUAUCAGAAUCUUACUACGAAUAUUAUUCAAGAGUUAGUCAACAGGAUAAUAAUACUGAUAGCCAAAAACUUAAUCAGUUACAAAAAGAUCCAAGUAAGGAUAAUAAACAAAACGGAACUGGAACUGUUAGAGGUUUUAGCAACGACACAAUGUACCAAUUGAUAAACUCUAUGGCAACAUUAGAUUUAACGCCAAUAAAAUCCGGCAAAGAGAACACGGAUUGCGAAGCGGAAGAUUUGGGCAUAUAUAUGCGACCUAUAAACGGCUCAGCAUCUGCAAGCAAUCGCCUAACUGAGAACACUACACAGCAUACGACCGAACGAAACGGACGCAUCGAAGAUGCUAAACCUAGCUUUCGUUCUAAAUCCCUCAGAGUUAAAAGCGAAGGGCGAGCACCUCUUCGAGCUUAUCUCGAUGUAGUUCAGCCUGACGGUGAGCCUCACAAUGGUGUCACUAUCACACAACCGAAAAGAAACAUAUCGCCAAGCGAACAGCUAAUGAUGAUGCAGUACAAAAUGUACAACGGAAACCAAAACCCUCCUACUGUAACUCCUGUGCCUGUGUCCGAUGGAUAUCAUUCGCUUGACAAAAUUAAAGAAAGUGAUAAUCGGACUACAAACGGUGUUUCGAAACAACUUAAACCCGAUAAAUAUGGCAAAUUAUACAAUACAGUGAGAGUGAAAAGUGAUGGUAGGUACGAUAGGUAUAAUGACAUUACAACUUUUGAGGCUCCGAAAGAACGUUCAGCGGAAUCACGCGUCACCAACUGUAACGGUGUAUACUCAAGAAGUGCUAAAAGUUCUUCGAGCGGUUCAGAUUCUGAUUUUUCUAUUCCUAGACCUAAGUUAAUUGUGCCUGUGCAUACGUAUGGAAUGAGAAAAAGGAGGACUGGAAAUCUUUGUCAGCGUGACAGCAAUGCCACGGAAGCGUCUUUGGAUGCCGGUAUUUUGUUGGAUGUUACUCGUUUGGAAGAAGAUACAAGUGACCAACUGGCUGGAGUCCAUCUUUCGUCUAAUGGCGAUCCAGAGGGCCGAGUGGAGGUGUCUCGAGAGAACAAAUACCUCAGCACCAUGGCGCCCGGCAAGGUGUUCGGCGAGCUGGCCAUCCUGUACAACUGCAAGCGAACGGCCACCAUCAAGGCGGCCACUGACUGCCGGCUAUGGGCCAUCGAGCGCCAGUGUUUCCAGACCAUCAUGAUGAGGACUGGUCUCAUCCGACAGGCUGAAUACACGGACUUCCUCAAGAGCGUUCCGAUCUUUAAGAACUUACCCGAGGACACGCUUAUUAAGAUCUCGGACGUGCUAGAAGAGACGCAUUACCAGAAUGGAGAUUACAUCGUCAGGCAAGGGGCCCGAGGUGACACGUUCUUCAUCAUUUCUAAAGGACAGGUCAAAGUUACCCAGAAGCUACCUAAUAACGACGAGAAAUUCAUCAGGAGCCUCACUAAGGGAGACUUCUUCGGUGAAAAAGCGUUACAAGGCGACGACCUCCGAACAGCGAAUAUAAUUGCUGACGCCCCCGAAGGCACCACUUGUCUCGUCAUCGACAGGGAGACCUUCAACCAGCUCAUCUCCACCCUUGACGAGAUCCGCACCAAGUAUAAGGAUGAAGGCGAGAGCAGAGCUAGACUUAACGAAGAAUUCGCAAACUUGCGCCUCUCAGACCUGCGCAUCAUCGCGACCCUCGGCAUCGGCGGCUUCGGCCGCGUGGAGCUCGUCCAGAUCCAGGGAGAUCCGAGCAGGUCCUUCGCCCUGAAACAGAUGAAGAAGGCCCAAAUCGUUGAAACGAGACAGCAGCAGCACAUCAUGUCGGAGAAGGAGAUCAUGUCGGAGAUGAACUGCGAGUUUAUUGUGAAACUGUACAAGACGUUUAAGGAUCGGAAGUACUUGUAUAUGCUGAUGGAGACGUGUCUUGGCGGAGAGCUGUGGACGAUACUCAGGGAUAAAGGACAAUUUGACGACGCAACAACAAGGUUCUACACAGCUUGUGUGGUAGAGGCGUUCCACUAUCUACAUUCUAGGAAUAUUAUAUACAGGGAUCUUAAACCCGAAAAUCUCCUCUUGGACUCCAAGGGCUACGUGAAACUGGUGGACUUCGGCUUCUCCAAGAAGCUUCAGGCCAGUCGCAAGACGUGGACGUUCUGCGGUACUCCGGAAUAUGUGGCGCCUGAGGUCAUCAUGAAUAGAGGUCACGACAUCAGCGCGGAUUAUUGGUCCUUAGGUGUCCUCAUGUUCGAGCUGCUCACAGGCUCGCCGCCGUUCACGGGCGCCGACCCGAUGAAGACCUAUAAUAAGAUCCUGAAAGGCAUCGACGCCGUGGAGUUCCCGCGCUGCAUAACAAGGAACGCGGCCAAUCUCAUCAAGAAGCUGUGCAGGGACAACCCGGCCGAGCGGCUUGGCUACCAACGAGGAGGCAUCACGGAAAUACAGAAGCACAAAUGGUUCGACGGCUUCAACUGGGAGGGCCUGGCGCAGCGCACCCUGGACCCACCCAUCAUGCCCGUCGUCAAAAACCCCGUGGACACGCACAACUUCGACCAGUACCCGCCUGACGCCGACGAACCGCCACCGGACGACCUUUCCGGCUGGGACGCCACCUUCUAAACUAUAAGCUGGUGCUUUUUACUAAACUACUUUCUAACCUCAAAUUUUUCCGAAUAGC